AUGGCCGCUCAGAUCCCUCCCGGAGGAACCUACCUCGACACCUUCAAGAAGUCCUUUGUCGAUGUCAAGCCUGACGCCGACAAGGAGAAUGCCAUCCCUACCUCCGACUUCCUCGAUGCCUCCGAGUCUCUGACCACCAUCUUCGAUGCCCUUGGAGGCGUUGCUUUCGGUCCCGUCAAGAGCGACAUGGGCGGCAACAUCAAGGUACGACCUGACUCCUCUCGAUACCCCCGAUACCCCCGAUACCCUUUAGCAGAUGUUCCGAAUCAUCCCUUGUCACGAAGCUCGGAUGCUACCAUAUUGCUCCUACAACUACAUCCAAAAGACAAAAUCCGUGAGCGCCAGCUGGCUGCUCCCGGCGAGUCCGCCACCCUUCAGGAGCUCGUCAAGGCCGAGCUGGCCACCAAGAAGCACGUUGCCACCGAGGGUCUCCUCUGGCUGGUUCGUGGUCUCGAGUUCACCUGCAUCGCCCUGAGCCAGAACGUCGCCAAGGAGUCCGAGGAGCUCUCCGAGUCCUUCCGUAAUGCCUACGCCACCACCCUCAAGCCCCACCACAGCUUCCUCGUCAAGCCCAUCUUCAGCGCCGCCAUGAGCGCCUGCCCCUACCGUAAGGACUUCUACGCCAAGCUCGGCUCCGAUCAGGACAAGGUCGCCGCUGAGCUUCGCGUCUACCUCGCCUCCCUCGAGAAGGUUGUCGGCAUCCUCAAGGGCUUCCUCGCCAGCAAGGACGCCAAGUGUGUCCGCUGCGAUGCUAGUACAUCGUCAGCCACGAGCCAGUUUACGCAGCCUAGAAAUGAAUCACAACCUCGAAGCUUGAACCAAAUAUUUUUCUUUGAGCUUUAUGCAAUCGAACAAUGGCGAGCUUACACAAUCACCUUUGACACUUUUGAACUCUCCUGGAGCCAUAGUACACAAUGUCGAGAGUCCGACAACACUCAGACCCCAUUCAUCACCCCAUCCGAUUUUCUUCAACAAAAGCAAGCUUUGAUUCUUCAAAUAUACUGCAAUAUGUCUUCUCCUGACCAAGUCACCGAGCAAAGCAAGUUCCAAAUUCAGUUGCCGGCAGAAUUGUACCUUGAGAUAGCUCAAUGGCUCGGCCAGUUUCAGGCCGAGACAAAGAGGCGAGAGUACGUGAUAGAAACAUACGUAUCACCCGCCGACGACGACGUUGAGAAUGACAUUAUUAGGGACUUGAGGGAUGUAGAAUUUUCACGCACCAUCAUAUCAGCCGCCAAGGAAAUGCAUCCCACAAUGGCCAUGCUCAACGCGGGCAUGGUCAAUAAGUACUACCACAAAGCGAUCAACGACAUUGCUCUCCGGUGGGACGCCCAGAGCGAAGACCCCAGGGCCGUCUACCACGCCGCAGUGCACAACAACGUUGAUCUCCUCCGCCAGGCCCUUGAGAAGCCCGGAGCUAAACCGGACUACGUCCCACACAGCCUAAAGCCGUCUAUAUGGACACCACUCAUGGUGGCUGCGUCUAAAGGCUAUGCUCAAGUCGUGGACCUGCUUCUGCACAAGGGGGCUAAUCCAGCACUAAGCUUCGCCGCCCGUAUUGGCUUGUAUGAGUUUGACAGAGACCUUUAUGGGCAGCCCUCGCCCCUCCAUGCCGCUAUGCUGGCUCCCGAGAACGCGUUGACCGUAUCCAAAACUAUUCUUAGGUCUCUCCCACCACGCUUCUUGACCAAGAUUUCCGAUCCGCAUGGACUCUUCCUUGCUAUUGCUGUUGCUCGAGACCAUGUCGAUUUGGUGGACAUGUUAAUCAAUCGAGGCGCAGAUUUUGACCAUGGAGGCAUAACUAGCUUCCAUAUGAAUACUCCGGUACUUCAUCACGCCGUCUCCGGCGAUAUGGUUCGCAAACUGACCCUAGCAGGUGCGCCGCUACAUACACCUGUCGAGUUCGGCCUCAAUGCUCUCCAUGCUGUCUGUCUCCGUCAGACAGAUUGCUCUUCUGCAAUAAGAGAGCUCGUCCGACAGGGCGUUAAGUUGGAAGAGACCACGACUAGCAUAGACCUACGACCACCUCCGAUCCCUCAACAGGGACCUCUCCGGAAGAUCCCUCAGACAGCUCUCAAUCUCGCAUGUAGGCAGCUCAACGUCGCUCACAUCCGAACGCUGCUCGAAUUAGGCGCUCACCCACUCGGGGCAUGUCUUGAGGAGAGCCCUAGGAAGAAGAUGAAGGGCAGUAAGUCCGUGAAGGAUAGCGAGCUCUAUAAGGUGACGCCCCUUCACGAUUUGUUUCUACCUGACUACUUUCUCCUGGAAGCACACUAUAAGAGCAAUGAGGAAACAGCAUGCGCCAUCAAAGCGGCUUUCAAUUUGUUAAUAAGCCACCCUCUGGCUGUCGAAGCAGUAUCGUCUUACGGAAACUUUACCCUUGGGUUCCCAAGCAGCGAUCUCAUGCACAGGAUUUCAAGAUCAUUCUGGAUGAGUGACUACAGUGAUUACACCGGCGACUUUGGUAGGUACACCCCUCUGCAAAUCUUUUUCGUUCAUCCUUUCUCGGACGAUCCCGAGAUUCCACAGGCCAUGUUCGACUUGGUAGAAGAUGGUAAGGAUCAGAUCAACGCCAUCAUAAAGCCGCUCUACAUCACGCCGCUCCUGGCUCUCCUAGGCCACCGCUUCGACCAUUCUCUCGGCGACGCAAACUUUUACCGGCCAAAAUUGCUCAAGUGGCUUCUGGAACACGGCGCCGACCCGAACUUGUGCGACAAGGAAGGCUUCUCGCCCCUCCACUAUGCAGUGUUCUGGCUCGAUGCUCCGGCCGUCAAGCUUCUCCUUUUACACGGCGCUCAGGUCAAGCGCGAGGACGAACUCCAGGUCAUGGACGUACUGUUCGGUGGUGUAUUUACCAGAGCGCAUCAAGAACAAGCAAAAAGAUAUCGUCACUCCCGGGAAACCGAAUGGGCGCGUAUGGUGGAGCAAGUCGGCACAGAGUGGUCGAUGCACGGCAUCGGCAGUAACAUUGAGCGCUGGCAGCCCGGCACGCCGCUGCCCGCAUGUACGCUCUUCAACUUCGAGGGUAGAUUUAUGUUCGAACUGGAUGAAGAAGCUCCCGUGCCUUCAGAGCUCGUGACGCGGUGGGGAGGGUUACGUGAGGCUCUGAGGGGGGAUGCUGACGAACGUAGGAAGCGGAUCUUUGCGGCGCUGCUGCGAACGCCAAACGUGCUGCCCUUUUUGAAGCCCAGGGGGGGAAUGGAACGUGAUGGUGAGGUGAACCUUGGCGAGGACGGGUCCGGUCCUGACACGAUUCGGUACAGUGUUUUGGACUGGGCGAGGGCGACGGCCCAGAAAGGUUGGUUUCUUCGUAAGAUUAAGCGACUUGGAGGGGAGACUGGAGAUAUCCGGCCCAAGGCGAGGCUGGAGACAUACGCCCGUUGUCCGUAG